AUGACAGCACAGCACGCUCUGAGCAGUGCGCUUCACCCACCGCGAUAUGUGCUUGCGUCCAUUCUUGCCGGCGUGGGCGGCUUUCUCUUCGGCCUCGAUACCGGAACCAUAGGCCCUGUGACAGCCAUGUCGCAGUUCUCAGAUACCUUUGGAGAACUGUCCGCCACCGUCCACGGCCUCAUCGUCUCCUCCAUCCUCAUCACCGGCGCUCUCUCGUCGUUCAUGGCCGGUCACCUCGCUGAUACCGUGGGACGACCCCUCGGCAUGGCCAUUGGCGCCGCUGUCUUUGGCGCAGGCGCAGCUAUCGAAGCAGGCUCCGUUCAUCUCGCCAUGCUCUUCAUCGGCCGCUUCAUCACCGGCGCGGGCGAGGGCCUUUUUCUGAGCACGACUGUGGUGUACAUCUGUGAGAUUGUACCUGCGAAGGGGCGUGGCGUGAUAGCCUCCGCGCCGCAGUUCUUCAUCACCUUCGCGCUGGUCGUGGGGUACUUCUUCUGCUACGGCACCGUCAACAUCGAGUCGUCGCUCGCAUGGCGGCUGCCGUUCGCAUUCCACGCGCUAUGUGCGUUUACGUGGGGAGCGCUAGUUGUUCUGUUUCUCCCGCACUCGCCGCGAUGGCUCAAGGCGAAGGGCAGGAUGGACGAGGUCGACGACGCGUGGGAGAAGCUGGGCAUUCGUCCUGGACAGGAUCUCGAGGAUGCAGAGGCGAGAGAGCUGGAGACGGAGGCCGGGCUGAACAUGGAGCCGCUUGCGCUGAGGCCGACGACUACGCGGCAGACGGUGAGAGAGGACGUGCACAUGCUGCUGAGGGUCUUCACGAAGGACGCGCGGAAACCGACUGCCCUCGGCGUCUUUAUGAUGAGCAUGAUGCAGCUGUCUGGCAUCGAUGGAGUCCUCUACUACGCCCCUCUCCUCUUCCAACAAGCCGGCCUCGUCAGCGAGUCCUCCUCUUUCCUCGCCUCCGGCCUCUCCGGCGUCGUCAUCUUCGCAACCACCAUCCCCGCCAUCCUCCUCGCAGACCGCUGGUCGCGUCGCGCCUCCGUCAUCUACGGCGGGUUCGUCCUCACCGCCGUCAUGCUCGUCAUCGGCGCGCUGUACGCUGCAAACGCCGUGCACAGCGACCGCGGCGCCGCCCGCUGGGUCGUUGUCGUCUUCAUCUUCCUGUUUACCUUUGUGUACUCCGGCACGUGGGCCGUCACCAUCAGCAUCUACGCAAGCGAGGUGCAGCCGAUGAAGACACGCGCGGCGGCGAGUAGUCUGGGGAGGAGCGGGAAUUGGAUUGUCAAUUGGAUAGUGGCGUUUACGACGCCUAUCUUUUUGACGCGGUCGAGCUGCGGGGUUUACUUCUUGUUUGGGGGGUGCUGCUUUGUGACGAGCGUGGUGUGUUUUCUGUGGAUGCCUGAGACGAGGGGCCUGAGUUUGGAGGAGAUCGAUGACAUCUUUGACAAGGGGAAGAAGAGCAAGGCUAGCUCGAGGGUUAAUUCUGUAGUUAAUGUUGUGCUGGGGAGGGGGGAGAAGAGGUAG